AUGGAAGAAAAAAAGGAAUCUCAGCAGAUCGAAUUCUCAAAAGGCAGCAAUGCCGACGACACAGAAAAUCAACACCCAGACGGCGGUGCUGAAGAGUUCCAUUGGAACCUACCGAUUUUCUUAAAUCUUUUGGCUCUUUUUGCUUGCUACUUUUCGUCAACCUGGGCUCUCAUUGUCCCUAGUGCCUCAAUUCCUUUCAUUGUGGCCAGAUUUCCACAGCAGGCUCGUAUUGCCGCGUGGAUUGCGGCCUCCGUAUCAAUCCCCAAUUGCGUCCUCCAAGCAUUUAUGGGCGAGCUCUCCGAUAUCCUUGGUCGCAAACCCUUCCUCAUUACUGGUAUGCUUUUCGGAACAGCCGGUACACUUAUUUCCAGCCGGGCAAACGAUCUAGAAAUGGUAAUUGCAGGACAGGUCCUUAACGGCGUCGGUCUAACCUUAGGUUAUCUCGCGAUUCCAUUGGUAGCCGAAGUCGUUCCCAAAGAUAAAAGACCGAUGCUUCAGGGUAUCGCAGGUAUAAUCGCAGGACUUGCUUCUAUCGCUGGACCUAUCAUUCAAGGGGCUUUCAUCAAACAUAAUGUUGGUGGUGUGAACGAAGGGUGGAGGGCAGGGUUCUACAUGAGUGCGGGCUUCUUCGCAAUGACGCUCGUGCUCUUAGUUCUAUUUUACCAUCCUGCAACCCGCCCUUCCGCAGAAGGUGGAAUGUCGGUUAGUCGAAGGAUCCUUGAGAUCGAUUGGCUUGGAGUAUUUCUCGUCGCCAGUGGUUUGGUUUUGUUUCUUGUGGGACUCCAGUACGGCGGAAACCCAUACCCUUGGACAUCAGCCCGUGUCCUUUGCACUUUGAUAAUUGGGGCAGUCCUCCUUAUAUCUUUCGGGUUCUACAACGGGCUCAUCCGGAAAGAUGGAAUUCUUUAUCAUGCGCUUUUCGAACACCGGAAUUUCGCCAUCUGUCAGGUCUUGAGCUUCGUCGGUGGAUUCGUACUAUUCGGCGGGCAAGCAUACCUCCCACAAGAAAUAACAAACCUCUUCACUCGUGAUGCAGUCCUGACAGGUGUUUACAAUCUUCCGUUUAACUUCUUGAGUAUAGUCGGCUCGUUCGGUGCCGGCGCCAUCAUGGGAAAAACUAAAGAGGCAAAAACGCUUGUUGUCGUUUCAUUUGUUCUCUUCCUGGUCGGAUCAGGGCUUAUGGCUGUCAUGCAGCCUCAUAUAAACUUUGCAGCCUGGUUCUUUCCUACGGCCAUUUUAGGAAUGGCUGUUGGAGCGUCCACCCUCGUGUUGGCAAUAGUGGUCAGUCUCUGUACUCCUAACGAAUACAUAGCACACGCUAUGAGCUUAUUGGCUUCCUCUUGUGCAUUCGGUGGUAGCAUUGGUAUUACUAUAUUUGAACAGGUAUUCAGCUCAAAGGAAAAGGAUAUUCUUCCCGGAAAGAUUUCAACGGCGGUUCUGGAUGCAGGGCUUCCUUCCGGGUCUUUAGAAGAGUUUCUGAUAGGAUCAGAGCAUGGUAUCACUAGCGCUUUACUCAAUAUUCCUGGUGUUUCUCCGGUUGUUUUGGAAGCAGGGUCUUUUGCUAUGGUUCAAGGGCUUGCUGAUUCUUAUCGGUUCAUCUGGUAUAGUUUGAUUCCGUUUGCGUUCGUUACUCUUGUCCUAGCCUUCUUCUUGACGAGCACGAAGGCACAGAUGACUCGGCAGGUUGCGGCUGGAAUCAAACAUUAA